GCCCUCCUCAGCAAUCUCUGUCACUUGGCCAAGUCGCGAAGAUUUUUCUUCCGUUAGAAAGAGGGGAGAGAGAGAGAGAGAGAUGAGGAGCUCACUGUUGGAGACGACGGCGGCGAUAUCACCAUCCCUCGUCAAGCACCACCGCCAUGGCUGCUUCUCCUCCUCCUCCUUUCCCCGUCUCCGGGGACACCAUCACUCUCUAUGUUCUCUCUCUCCUAGGCUUCCUCACUCUUCGUCGUCGUCUUCCGCUUCAGGUUUGGCCCCUACGAUUACCACAUCUCGAAUAUGCAAGGCAAGCCAAAUAGCUGAACUUUUUCCAGCUUUGUCGCCUGAAAUUGUUGUCCGGGAAGCAAGAUUGGAGGACUGUUGGGAAGUUGCAGAGACUCACUGCAGCUCGUUCUUCCCGGAUUAUUCGUUCCCUUUAGAUGUCGUGCUCAGAGUAGAUAGGUUGAUGGCUAUGAUAUUAGGAUUCUCUAUUCCAGCAGGCUGCCGCAGGACUUGUUUAGUCGCUGUCAUUGGGAGCUCAGUGGAUGAAACAUUUUGCUUCGGAAGCGAAGAUUUAAAAAUUGGAGCUUUUGAUGCAAAAAUCAGCCUGAACAAAGGUUAUGUAGCUGGGAUCCUGACAGUGGACACAGUGGCUGAUUUUCUUCCAAGGAAAGGACCCCUCCGCCAGAGAAGGGCCGGGAUCGCUUACAUAUCAAACGUGGCGGUCCGUGAGAGAUUCCGGCGAAAGGGGAUAGCAAAAAGACUAAUCUUGAAAGCGGAGGCGUUAGCGAUGACAUGGGGAUGCCGAGCCGUCGCCCUUCACUGUGAUUUGAACAACCAAGGGGCGACCAAACUGUACAAAGAGCAAGGCUUCAGAUGCAUCAAGGUCCCGGAAGGAGCAAAUUGGCCUCAGCCCAAGAUCUCUCCGGACACUGAGUUCAACUUCAUGAUGAAGCUCUUGAACAACACCACCUCAGUUUCAGACCAGUUCCUAUGAACCGGGGAACCGGAAAUUUUAAAUCAAAUUAUGUAAAAACUAGGUUUUACUAGUGGAAAAAAAAAAUUGUAGGAUACGUCAGAAUAAGCUUAUUGUGUAUGUAUAUGUAUAUAGGUGUCCGUGGUCUUUUGGUUAUCUGUUUUGAAGUCAUGUAAAUGGUACGGUCACGCUUCUAUAUUUAAAAUUCCGGACAACCAAUGCUUGUAUUA